GCCCGUCGCUGGCGAGAUGUAGCAUCCUGAUAUAUAUCACUGCUUGACGCCGUGGUUUCGCUCGUCAUCUCACUCUUGUCCCAAUCUAUGUCUCGCCCACUAUUGCGACCUCCAUGGCCCGACUCCCCUCAUGGUCACCGAGGGCCUCCCCGCCUCGUGCACCGUCUGCUUUGACCACGGGCCCCCAAAUUCCGACCGACCGAGAUCCAGCGCACAACCCACCGGAACGAGCUCGCAAUCGUCAGCCGCCCUGAACGAAGCCCUGAGGAGUUUGAAUCUAGGCCGCAGCUCGUCCGCGCCGGCUGAAGAUGCCCAAACCCACGCCGCCCUGUUGCGCUCUGCCAGCGGUGGCGCGACGCCCUCGGCCAUCGACACCCCCCCCGACAGCCCGCGACCGGCGACGUCACUGCCACCACGGCGCGACUCCAGCUUCCGACGCACGUACGACGAGACGGUCACCAAGAAGCAGGGCCCUUGCGACAACUGCGCCAUGACGCUCCCGCCGCGACAGCAGGGCGGCUCCGGAAGCGUCUUGACGACCAACACGCGCGGGCCGACGCUGCGGACUCGCGCGCCCGCGGAACGAGUCUUUGGCGCGGGCGGCCAGGCGUCGCCUCCCAGCUCGCAAACCUCCAGCGACACGGACGAUCGCGACGACGGUCACCGGGCGCGCAAACGGGCCACACCCUCAGCUAGCUCCCGCGAUACCUCCCGGUCCAGCACGUCAACCGCCGCGGACCGCACGCCUUUCCACGUCCACUACGUCGACUACACCUCGACGCACGACCCGGUGCUGCCCGACUCCUUCUCGCUCGUCCGCGCCUCGUGUCUUCGCACGCUGUCCUUCGAGACGCUGCCGCGAGCCCCUGCCACCGCCACCCCCACGUCGCCCCUAUCCUCCGCGUCCCCCGCCUUUGUCACCACCCAGAGCGCCGGUUCCGCAGUGUCCGGGGGCCCCAUCUUCUUCGGGGAUGCCCUCGCGGGGUACACCACGGCCUACAUCUUUCGCAUCCCCGACGUGCACGCCCGCGGCCACAAGCGCGUCUACGCCUUCAUGGCCCUCAGCACCCACCGCGAGCGCCUGGCCAUGAAGACGUUUGCCGUCGUGUCGGCCGCCUUCCGCGACUUUGCCGGCUGGAUCCAGCAGCUCGCCGAAGCCGAAGCCGAGCGCGCCGCCGCCGACUCGUCCCCCAUCGGCAGCACCGUCUACGCAGCGCCCAAGAAGCCCGUGGCCGACGCUCCCGCCGCGGACCGCGGAGGCAGCAGCUUCCUGACGGGCGGCAGCGGAUUCACCCGAAGGAUGGGUGGCGGGGGCGGUGCCUCGGCUCCCAAGGCCCGUGGAUUGGCUGAAAUCGUCGGGCAACCAGACAUCUUUAUCGAGUUGCACCGCCGCUUCGUCCACCUCCUGUUCGAGGUGGGCGUUACCUUGGGCUCCUGAGGAGCUGCGCAUGCCUUUAGCAUGCAUAUACGUUUUUACACGCCUGUCCCCGGACGUCUGGCGUGUCUCUGUCCAACAGAGAUCAACGGCUCAAUGCCAACCCUUCUCACUGCAGGCCUGGGUCGAGUUUAUCCGCUCCCCAACCGCAGUGUGUAUUUCUAGACCUUGUCCGCAUUGGCUUCAUUUCUCAUGGCACUGAGCGCUUCUGAUUUUGUGAUUUUACCGGCGAGCAUCAACGGGAGGCAAUAUCAAAAUAGACGGAGGAACGGAGUGGAAAACAGGAACGGAGUUUUGGGACAUGUUUAAUGCAAUACAUGGUCAUGAGCGUUCAUGAUUGGCAGGGUCCAAUUUU